CACUUUCUCCGAGAUAGAGCGACGUGAGCUGUCUGACACCUUGAGUCAGGAUGUCACGGCCUCGAGCGUCACAGGAAGCUGCAGCAGGGUGACAUACAUCAUGGUCGCGCGCGGGAGGCCCCGUCCCUUCAGCCCUGCCCCCUAUCCAACAGCCGAGGACGCGCAGCCGUCUUCGUGGGCUCAGAGGAGGGAACGCAGCCACUGAUCGAUCAGCAGUGAGAACCUGAGCUCAAGAUUACAGCGAUCCGUGUGUGCUGAAGGCAGAAGACCAUCAACAAUAUUUGGAAAUUAUUAGUUGAUCUGUCACUGCGUGUGUGGAAUAUAGUUCCCGGGCGAAAACCUUUAAUACAGAAAUCAAAGGAGACAGCAAGAAGCCACAGAUCAUGGGGACCUGCCCCAUCAGAUGCCGAUCCAAGCGGACUAUUCUAGAAAAUCCAUCUGAAACAGAUUCACAAUCCUCUCAAGACAGCGUGCUCGUGUCGCUCUGCAACUACUCGCCCUUUGAGCACACAGAGAUCACCAUGUGCAUUGGAGAACGACUCGACAUCACAUCAGACGACGGGGAUUUUAUGAUGGUGAGAUCAGCCACCACGGGCGUCGAGAGCUACAUCCCCACCGACUACACAGCCCGGCUAACCCACAGGUGGCUGUUCACAGGCCUCAGCAGGAUCAAAGCAGUGGAGCUGCUCAUGCAACCUAACAACCAAAGUGGCGCCUUCUUGAUCCGGGAGUCAGAGACAAACAAAGAUGGUUACUCGCUAUCCGUCCUGAAGAGGAGCAACUCCUCAUACCUGGACUGUGUCAAGCACUACCGCAUCUUUCAGCUCCACAACGGCUGGAUCUACAUAUCUCCGGGGGUCACCUUCCCCACCGUGCGUCACCUGGUGGAACACUAUUCAGAGUCUGUAGGCGGAUUGUGCUGCCGGCUGACGGAGCCUUGCUUCAUCCACGGUGUAGAUGCUCCCAGAGAGCCCAGGCCCGUACCUUCAGCUAUCAGGAGGCCUACUAUCAACUGGAAGGACAUUAGCAGGUCAGUGAUCUUCAGGAAGGUGAGAACAGAGUCGGACCACUCUUUCGUGAGCGAGGGACUGAGGGAAGCCAUCUCCUCCUACCUGCAAAUGACAGAGGGCAACGAUGACAGCUGGGACACUUGAGGAGAGACAGAGGAGCCGCCUGAGAGUGAAGAAGUCUGAUGGAAAUAGUCCAGACGCCGUCCUUUCUCAUCUGCAGUUUGAAAAGCCCUUGGAAGAUGUCAUCUGUACGACCAAGUGUAGACUUUGGAGACCCUGGAUUAGCAGGAGGGCUGACACACUACAAUGUCUGAACUUGUGACAUGUGCAUCUGCAAAAAGAUGUUUUUCAUGGCGACAAGGAUGUUGAGAGCUGAAAAUGUCAAAUCAAAGAGAUAUUUGUUCUCAUUUAGUUUCAAAAGUGUGAAAGUUUAAGUUAUAUAUUAAUAUAUGUACACGAUAUUUGAAUGAAAUAUAACAUGUGUUUAUUAUUUUGUAAUAUGAUCUUGGUUGUUGGAUUACAAGUUAUUGGAUUACAAUAAAAUAUGUUACGCGUUAAAUGAGCAGCGCUUAAAUAUACAUAAUAACCUAAA